ACAAAACCACUUGCUGUUGAAGCCAUGUGACUCGUUGACUGCAAACAGGGAAAUUUUGAAAGUUGGUCCGUGUGGGCGUCGUUGAUUGGUGUUGUGGAAAAUCUCAAAUGGCGCAAGAAAUAUCUGCUCGAAUAAUAUCGGAUGAAAGCAAUGAGAGCAACGCCAUCGUAGAUUUGAAAUCUCUCGUCAAAGAUGAAAUCGGCGACGAAAGGAACAACGCUGCGAGUUCUGAAACGGAACAGAAUGUGCUGGAUGUAACGCAAGCUCUUUUCCAAAAUGAAGAUAAAGCGAAUGAUCAUGCAGGAAGUGAAAGUGAUGACGACGACGACGACGACGACAGUGGCACAGACAACGUUAACGUCUACAAGGCAGGGACCCAAUUUAAGAGAUCUGAGCACAGUGGAGGAAUGAAUUCAAAUUUACCAGACACAUUUCAAACGGGACAACUGCUGUUUUAUGAAAGGUUCAAAGCCUACCAGGACUACAUACUAGGUGACUGCAAGCCUUCAGAGGUCAAGUCUUUUACUGCUGACUACUUAAAAAAAGUGGUGCAGUCAUUCGGUUGGCAAGCUCUCUGGUCCGCCGAGUUGUUUGAUGUUCUGGUGGAGGUUUGUGACGUGGACUUCGGCGACCUCAAGGCCACUGUGAAGCUUGUGCUUCCUCUGCAGUGUGAGGUCAGAGGAUGUGACAUUAACAAGGAAGCCAUUGCAGAGCUGUUGGAGGCAACCCAGCACAAAGUCCCUCUCAUGGAACUUCAGAUUGUCUAUGAAGAGUCAGGAGACUACGAUCACAUUGCCUUGGGCGUGGAGCAUCUCAGAUUCUUCUACAAGCAUGUCUGGAGACUUUGGGAUGAAGAAGAUGAAGAUGAUGACUUUGACUACUUUGUCCGCUGUGUAGAGCCUCGGCUCAGACUACACUAUGACAUCUUAGAGGAAAGAGUCCCGGCAGGUCUUGUGUCAGAAUACAAGAUCGUAUUGGAAAAAUGCACAGAGUGCUUCCAGCAGUUUUCACUGCUACGCAGCAGCAUCAGCAGUGACUCUGACUCGGAGCUGGAUAAUAUAUCCAUGGUGGAGGGCCUGAAGCUCUACGAACAGUUGGAAACUUUCAAACGGAAGUUGUACUUCAUUGAGAACCCGUUGUUAAGGUAUGUGCUGGGCUACAAAGGUAAUGCCCGACAUCAGUUCGUCCAGAGUCGUGGGCCGAGAGACUCGUGCAUCAAGGUGGCCCAUGUGGUCUCAUCCUCCUGCACGGCAAAUCAGCUCCAUUCCCUUCUGAAUGAAAGGCUUCUACAGCAGUUUUCUUCCGAGGACACCGAAGUCCAGUUCCAUAGAGACCCAGUUUCUGCGGUGGAUUCCUGCUAUCAGGGCGACAUGGUAUUUGUUCUCCCGGGAGUGUACAGUGUUACCGACUCCAUCCUACUCCCAGACUCCAUCACCAUAGAGGGGUUUGGACUCCCCGAUGAGGUGGUGAUUGAGAAGAAGAACAAGGGAGACUCAUUUAUUGAGUCUACAGGAGCGGAUGUCAGAAUGUCCAACAUUAAGUUUAUUCAAUACGAGGACAUUGAGGGUAUUUUAUGUGUGAGAGAGGGGAAUAUGUCCAUUGAGAAUUGUGUGCUUCAGUGUGAGACCACCGGAGUUGUUGUCCAAGCGUCUGCCCACCUCACUAUGAAUAUGUGCGAUGUAUAUGGAUCCAAGGGGGCUGGUGUUGAGAUUUAUCCUGGCAGUGCGUGCACUCUGGUUGGCAAUGGCAUCCACCACUGUAAGGACGGGAUUCUCAUCAAGAUGAAGCAACCGACGGACUUCGUUGCUGAGGCGGAGGUGAUCCCUUCAAUCACUAUGGAUAACAAUGUGAUUCAUAAUAAUGAAGGCUAUGGGGUGGUCCUUGUGAAACCCACUCACAGUAAAGACAGGAACAUUUAUAUUGAGAAAUGCGCUGACAAAGGGCGUGUGGAUGUCGAACAAAUGUUUGAAGACGGACUGCGGAAGAAUGUCGUGGGACACCCGAUCGCCUCGCCGAGCCAGAUCACAGGCAACCCAGAAGACGCUCCACCGAAGUUGACCGAGAAUCCACAUCGGGACACUAAUGUGAACUCGGCAAGGAAUUGGCAAUUUUGCUGUCAGCCGAGCGUCAACAGGCAUACAUCCUGUACCCUAGCCAUGCAAGACAUGAUUGCAGACAAGAUAUUCAUCUCCAUCGAGGGAAACCAGUUCCGACGCAAUGGCAUGGGUGACUUUGGCACUUUUUUAUACUAAGAAAUACAGAUCGAUGACAAAUAACACGCUCUGAUCUACAAAUGUAUUUAAUACUUUAAUGCACUCUGGACUUUUAUUUUAAUGUAUGGCAAUUGAUUUGUGCCCUGCCUCUCACCCUAAGUCAGAUGUCUUAACGGUUGUCGAAAUCGGACCUCUCCCGAGGUAAUAAUGAAACUCAUUCAAACUUCAUCAAAAAGUUUACAUCGAUAUAUUUGUUUUCUUUUGACUGUUGACCAAAGUCAUGGAGUAAAAUACAGUUGCAUCCAGAAGUAUUUGAAAACAAAUAUUUUGAUGAGCCCAAUUGUUUUUGGACAAUUUUGAACCAUUUGUAUUCCUUGAAACCCGUUUGGAGUCAACGGCUGCUUAUGGACUUCAUCGUUCCUUCAAAACGUUCACUGCAGCCAGUUUAGUUGCCUUCAGUUUUGUCUCCAGUAACUGAAAAUUCUUACAAAGGAUUUUCAUCCAAGUAUUUAAAACAAAAAAACAAACGUGUUGUUUAGUUCUGACAGUUGUCCACAUACCAUACAGCCACGGCUGUGUAUUGGUGUAUUCCUGAACGAGAACUACCAUAUUCUUUCCUCGCAUCUUGAUUGUGUUAUUUCAAAUCCACUGUGUUAAUAUGCUGUAUAAUGGCAAGAUAAGAAAACCCCUGUAAUUGUCCAAAUACUACUGGACCUAAAUAUGUCUUUUCAAAGUGGUGUAACUGUAUUGGCCAUUGUGUUAUUUUAGAAAUCUGACCUCUCCCAAUGUUAUGUAACUUAUUCAGGCCCAUGUUACACUCAGUCAAAAAGUUGACAUCUGAUAUCUAUAUAAAUUCAUUCAUUCAUUCCUUCCCUCCCCUGUGCUCUGAACACUAAAAUGCCCAUCUUUUAAAUGUUCUUAGAAGUUUUGAUGAAGAGAUUUCUAUAUUCUUGUACAGUAUUUUUGUUGGUUUUAGUUUGGUGCACUGACCCUGUCAAGAUGUUCACAAAAGGUAAAAGGUAUUUUUAUUUCAAAUGGUGACAUUAUUUUGAGUACAUUUGGGGUUGUAGUUUGUGUUUAAGUCUAAGUUGUGUGAUCUAUUCAUAUACUGUUAACGUGCAAAAUUAGAACGUGUGUCACUUGACUCUAGUCAAUGUUUAUAUAAAUAAAAUUUUGAGUUGGACAAUA